UGCACUUCCGUCCUGGGCAGCCAGACUGAGUUGUAGUUCAACGGAGCACACAGCACAGUGGUGGGGUGAAGACAGGAACACACCGCUAAUGUCAACAGAGAAGAUGGAGACAACGAGUGUGUCUAAUGGAGCGGGGCCGGCAUAUGAUGAGAAAGAGGACAGCCUCAGUCCUGGGGAUCUGUCUGAGAUGCUGGCAGCAGGGACCAAAGAAGUUCAUGAAAAGGCUGAGAACACCCAGUUUGUGAAGGAUUUCCUCAGGGGACGCAUCCGUAAAGAGCUCUUCAAGCUUGGUGCCGUGGCACUCUACUACACUUACACAGCCAUGGAGGAGGAGAUUGAAAGGAACAAGGAUCACCCCCACUUUGCCCCUCUUUAUUUCCCUGCAGAACUGCACCGCCAUGAAGCUCUGGCCCGUGACCUUGAGUAUUUUUAUGGCCCAGAAUGGCAGAGCCAGGUCAGCUGCUCCCAGGCCACUCAGCGCUAUGUUGACCGUAUCCACCAAGUAGGGCAGGAGGACCCAGUGCUGCUGGUGGCCCACGCGUACACCCGCUACAUGGGGGACCUGUCUGGGGGUCAGGUGCUGAAGAAGGUGGCCCAGAGAGCCUUGAAGCUUCCUCCCACAGGAGAGGGCCUGGAGUUCUAUCAGUUUGAUGCCAUCCACAGUGCUAAAGCUUUCAAGCAGCUGUACCGCAGUAGGAUGAACGAACUGGAACUAGACAUGGAAACAAAGAAGAGGCUGGUGGAUGAGGCUGUCAAGGCCUUCCAGUUCAACAUGGAGGUGUUUGAUGAGUUGGAAGAGAUUGGUAAAACCAUCCAGGAGGAUGUUUUAGAUGCUGGAAUGCCUGUCCAUGGAGCAAUGGGUGGGGACAUCAGCAAAUGUCCCUACUAUGCCGCCAAAAUGGCGGCGUCGGAUGGAACAGCAUACGCCUGUCAACUCGCCAUGGCCAUACUCCGACACCCAACAGGACAGGUUCUGUUUGCUACUUGGUUUGCUGCUCUGGCUGGAUUGGCUGCAUGGUAUCUGAUGUGAUCCAGCCUUCAGCCUGUCACUUUGCUGCUGUGAGAGAGAGGGAGGAGAGACAUAGAGAGAAGGACAGUAAGAAGACUAGAACAUUUCCACAAGAUGUAGACCAUGUCAUAGUUUCAUAAAAAAAACAUUCUUUAGGGGUCCAAGUUUGUUUAAUGUUCCACAUUUGUUAGUGAUGGAAGCUGACAGGGAAUAAACUUGGAUCUGUUUCUUAUAAGUGGAAUUCCAAUGAGCUGAUCUAUUGGACCAUUAGGACGUCACCUCCGUCCAUCCAUCCAUCAAUCAAUCAGACUACACCGUGUUACAAUUUCUCCUCCAUUUUGUUUUUUCUACCUCCUUUGCAAUAUCCCUCCAUUUUUUGCCACUGUGUUUUGUCGUACCUCAACACAUUCUGUAGCUGUUUUCUGAUUUUUGUCAUGGAACCACAGAUUGUGAAUAACUAAUUUGUUGUGAAGUGACAUUUUCUCCUAAUUUCAAAUGUAACUGGCGAAUUGACAGAGCAUGGUGGCUUUUUGAUGCGGCCCCUUUAUAAACUGUAAUUGGCUAUAGAGUGACUUGGCUAUAGGGUUAAUAAUGAUACACAUAUUAUCAAAAUUUAUUUAUGUUGAGCUUAGUAAAAACAUGUUAAAACAUACUAUGCAGAGGCUAUGCAUGAAUAGAAUAGCACAGUGGGUCUUUUUUGCUGGGCAAACUCCUGUGUUGAUUUUUAAUGAGGAACUUAUGUUAUUGUGUUGAAGGUUCUAAAUUUGACCUGGGAGAGAAAGUUUGGUAUGAGUUAAUAAUGCAGCAGUGACACAGUGGUUUAUUUGUACAUAUAAACUUAGAAACUGUCCCCAUAUACUGUAUUUUAUCGAUUACAGUUCCAAACAUAAUGUGAAACAACAGCAUUCUUUUUUUAAAAAUCCAUAAUCACAUUUCAUGAUUCAUACUUGGCCUCAAGAAGGUUUGUACAUGUGUACUGUGAGGCAGGUGAUCAGAUCAAAAGCUUUUUUUUUUUUUCAAGAUAUAGCACACCUACACUUUGACAAGUGUAUGAUUAAUAAGCAUAUAUAGAUACAGAUAUUUGAAUGUCUACUGAUGCAUGUUGAAAUGUACUAUUUCUUUCAGAAUUAUGUGGUAGGACUUCUUUUGUCUGCUUAAACAUGCACAACUUAACUAUCCAAGAGGAACAACUCAUUGAUGACUCAGUUUCACCUGCAUCAGGAGCCUACAUUAGGAUAAAAGUGUGAACAGAGGUGAUUGCAGCUGUUUUAAAAGGAAAUUGUCUUUUUAUAUUAAUGGUUUAUCGACAUUCUUGUAAUAGACAUGUAGGUCAUCUACAUGAAGGUUUAACUGGUCCAUCAGCUCUUGUGUAUGUAUCCAUUUGUUAUGGACAUACCAGUAUGCACCAUCACUAAAACUGUGUACUCAUUAUCCAUACUGUAUGCUGCUCAUACUGUAUGUUGGGAAGUAGUCUCCCAGUAGUGCACAACUCUGUUUUUUCAACAUCGAUAAGAAGAAAUAUUUUGUGCUGUGUGGACUGUAUGCAGUGUAAUUGCACUGUUUUGCAAUUGAAGUUUAAUAUUUAUCCUGACACAGUAAUGACAUUUUAUUAACUUUGCUUUAUCUUUCCAAGGAGUUUGAUUUUUUUUUUUUCUCUGCUUGGACUUGCUGGACAGAGAGUACCAAAGGAAACCUGCUGAUAACGACAUUUCUACAAGGUUCCUUUGCUGUGUGUGUUGCACAAUACAUUCACACAUACUGUAUAUGAAUUUGUAGUAUUCCUUUAUUCUCAAAGCUCAUUCAGGACAACAGCUGUAGUACAGCUGUUUGAUCGCAGCCAUGACGACCUAAGUGAUGAUCUGUUUUGUGUUUGAGAGUCUCAGGUUCAUGUUGCAGUAAGAUGGCAAUAUAAUGCAUUGCAUAUGAAGGACUAACACAGGGACUACCUGACAUACUCCUGUAGUGUCCAUGUUUUAUUUUUAUGAUGCCAGUGUGAUAUGUCAAAAUGCUUCAGUAUUUUUGGACAUACUGACGGGACACAUACUUGAAUCUCAGGAGCGUAGGUAGUUUUGGCCAUUGAUUAAACCAUAGAUUAACAUGAAGAGGAAUGCUUGACUAAUUCAUGUUGAUUUUGAAUUCUCUUGCAUUUUUCAUUAACCCCUGCCCUUAAUCCCUUUGUGUAUCUAACUGGAUAAAGCUUUAUUAGUGACUGCCUAGAGUACUCUCAUUGUAUGAGAGUGAAAAUCCAGAUGUUGUGCUGUCUAUAGUGAAAUAAAAUCUUUUUUUCAGUUUG